UUCUUUUCAGUGGCCCUGCAUGUUCACUAUGAUUCUUCUCCUUAUUAUUUCUCUGAGAUGGAAGAAUUACAGCCUGCAGGAAAACCCAAACAUGUUGCAACACGCUUAUAAAGAGGAUGCACAAAACCAGUAAUCUCAUCAGGAAGAGAAACACUGAGCUCACCAGAACAACAGACGAGUGACUGAGAGACGCAUCAAGUAGAGCGCUCCAAAGCGUGACCAUCACCGGUACCGUGGGGAACCUGAUGACGGUCCUGGCCUUCGUCCUGGACCCACGUCUGCGGACUCGCUUCAACGUGCUCAUCGUCAACCUGGCCAUAGCUGACCUCCUGUACUGCACCAUCCUGCAGCCCAUCUCUGUGGACUCCUACCUCCACCUCAGGUGGCGCAGCGGCCAGCUGUGGUGCAGCAUCUUCGGCCUGCUCCUCUUCCUCUCCAACUCCGUCUCCAUCAUCACCCUCUGUCUGGUGGCAGUGAGCAGAUUCCUCCUGGUUGCAAAGAGGCCUGUUUUUGACCGCGUCUUUUCCAACCAUGGACUGACUUUGCUCCUGAUCUCAGCCUGGGGACUAGGCCUGGCCAGCUUUGCCCCACUCUGGUCCGUCUACGUGUUUGUGCCUAAUGUGUGCACAUGUAGCUUCCAUCGAACCAGGGGUCGCCCCUACACCACCAUCCUGCUGUUCUUCUACUUCUUUAUCGGUUUGGGGUGCGUUGGAGCAUUUUACCUGCUCAUUUACAAGAAGGUUCGAAAUGCAUCGAAAGCUCUGCUCCGUUACAGGCUCAGCAGACGCUCGUCCAAGAAGAAGCCUGCCCCUUCAGAUCAGACGACUGAUGACAGCGGAGUGGAGAGUGGUGCGGCAAAGACAGAAAGCUCUGAACUGAGCAGCCAGCUGGAAUUGGACCAAAACACAGAUGCUGUUAAUCCUGGCAAGUCAUGCAACCCCACUCAGGGCUCAGCCACAGCCAAAAAAUCAUCAAGUGACAACGCGGCCAUCCAAAAACCUGCCCCAGCUGCCCCGGCCUCGCAGUCUGCAACUUCAGGAGAUGAUGGUGAAUUCAAGCGUGUGACACGCAUGUGCUUCACCGUUUUUCUGUGUUUCGUGUUCUGCUUUGUCCCCUUCCUGAUUCUGAACAUAGCCGACAAGAACAACCGCGCCCCACAGGUUCUGCACAUGUUCUGUGCAAACCUCACCUGGCUCAACAGCUGCAUCAACCCUGUGCUCUACGCCGUCAUGAACCGACAGUUUCGACAGGCCUACAACGUGCUGCUGACCAGAGCUGCUGCUCCCCUCACCUGUCUCUGGUCCUGCUGCCGGGCCCCGAGAUAGGGACUUUUCUCAAGCUCAAACUUGCCUCAGUUCUCAUGUUGUUUUGUACAUUAUGCCACUUUAAAGUUGUUUUUUAAUGAAGGAAUUCAUCCAGUUGUCCUCUGUUUCCAGAGUUUUUGGAACAUUUUAGAGUAUACAGAGAGUAGACGCUGUGUAGAGAUGUUUCUGUGUUUGUAAUAAAUUGUAUUUUUUAUCACGUGUUAUGAGUUCAUUCAGGCAUUGAAGCAGAAGUCAGACUUUUUGUCACCAGGCUAUAACAUGUGGAAAUGUUACAUCAUUCAAAGAAGUACCAGUGUUACACCACUGCGGGACAUUCCUGCUAACACAACUCUAUGACUAUGUUUAAGAAACUUAGGAUCUUGUGACUCUGCUGUGUGUCAACUCUGUGCUGUUUCUGUUGACAGAUCAUGACUAAUAUGCCCUAAAUAAAAGUUAGCCAUUA